AGCCUAGGCUUUUUGACCGCGCUGUUGUCCUCUUUCUUUUUCUAUCACUAUGAAGUACGACGUCUCCGGGUAAAAACAUGCAUGAUGCCUUUGAACAUGCACCGAUACUGGAGAAACUACCCCUGCAGAUAGAAUGCAUAGCAACCUACGCUGACUGUUUGCUAGUGGGAACAAGGCAAGGCCAUCUUCUUCUUUACUCUAUCAAAGAUGGAUCAGGUGCUAUUCGUUUUAAAGUUGACCUUCGAAGCUCUAACAAGUUAUUCUCUAAAAAGCCAAUAUUGCAGCUGACUGUGGUAGAAGAGCUGAGCAUCUUAAUAAGUUUAUCAGACAAUGUCAUCAGUGUCCAUAACUUGGAAACAUUUGCUCUGCUCUCUACCCUUAGCAAGUCCAAGGGAGCAACAUUCUUUGCAGUAGAUCUUACAAAACGGAAAUCAUCCUCAGUAUUUGAUCCAUCACCACCAUUUGAGCUGAAGCUCUGUGUUGCAGUAAAGAAAAAAAUUCAGUUGUACAUCUGGAGAAAUGAGAGUUUCCAGGAAUUGCCUCCUGAACUUGGUCUCCCUGAUGUAGUCCGUGCUGUGGCCUGGGCAGGAGAUAGCUUGUGUGUUGGUUUCAAGCGGGACUACUCACUCAUUAAGGUAAACACAGGGGCCGCAACUGAACUGUUCUCAACCGGCAAGCAUUUAGAACCAACCAUCGCUACUCUACCUAAUAGUGGUCUCAUCUUGUGCCGGGAUGACAUGAGUAUUAUAACAGACAGCGAGGGCAAACACACACAAAAACAGUCCUUGACGUGGUCUGACACGCCCAUGGCUCUCGAAUAUGUGGAGCCAUACGUGAUUGGUGUCCUCCCCCGCUACAUUGAGAUGCGAACUAUCAGCCCAAGAGCACUCAUUCAGAGCAUUGAGCUACAAAAACCACGCUUUAUUGCUAAGGGCAAGCACAUCUAUGUGGCAUCCACAUCACAUGUGUGGCGACUGGUCCCUGUUGCACUUCCUAUGCAGAUACAACAGCUGCUGCAGGACAAGCAGUUUACCUUGGCUCUCAUGCUAGCAGAAAUCGUGAAUGAGCCAGCAACAGAGAAGUCCCGCAGGAUUGAGAGUAUCCAAAAUAUGUAUGCCUUCGAGUUAUUCUGCCAGAAACGCUUUGAUGAGUCACUCCAACUCUUUGCACGCUUGGAAACUGACCCAACACAUGUGAUUGGACUUUUUGAGGACCUUCUUCCAUCAGAUUUCCGCAAGCAAUUGGAAUACCCUGAUGAACCGCCUAAGCUCUUGAUGAGCGAGACGGAGAAGGGCUAUGUGGCGUUGGUCGAGUAUCUCACCCAGAAACGUAAUGAACUGAUUAAAGCCGCUGAUAAAGCAGUGGAAAACCAGAAAAAGUUGAAAAAUCCUGAAGAUGAGUUAAGUGAAGAGGACAUCAAGGCUCAGAAGAACCUAAAACAGAGGCGCCAGAUUAUCGACACCACGUUAUUAAAAUGUUACUUACAGACGAAUGAUGCUCUUGUUGCGCCACUUCUGCGUCUAAAGGACAACAACAGUCAUGUGGAAGAAAGUGAGCGAGCCCUGAUGAAGAACAAGAAAUACAAUGAGCUGGUCAUCUUGUAUCAAACUAAAGGACUUCACAAAAAGGCCCUCGACUUGCUGUUACGACAGGCUCAGAAAGCCAGCGGUCCCCUGAAGGGCCACCAGCGUACUGUCCAGUACCUCCAGCAUUUGGGGCCGGACCACAUGAAACUCAUUUUAGAUUUCUCCGUCUGGGUCCUGAAAGCUCACCCCGAUGAUGGUCUCAAGAUAUUCACGGAGGAUUUGCCGGAGGUUGAAGCAUUACCUCGACACAAAGUCUUAGAUCAUAUUGAAUUAAACGCCAAGAACUUGGUCAUAAAAUACCUGGAACACAUUAUUUUCAUUUGGAACGAGAUCCAGCCGAGGUUUCAUAACAAACUGAUUAAUUGCUACAGAGAAAAGGUUCAACUGUUGACCAGGGAGUAUUUGGACUCGUUGCCUGAAGGGGAUGAGCCUGUUGCCCCUGGUAGUGAGCCAGGAGAGCUUGGGGAGCUCCGAGGAAGACUCCUCUUCUUGCUGGAGACGUCUAAGUAUUAUCAGGCCGAGAACCUUCUCACGCAUUUCCAAGAGUCUUUUUAUCACGAGAGGGCGCUAUUGCUAGGCCGAGUUGGUCGACAUGAUGAAGCUUUGGCAAUCUACAUUCAUGUGCUACAGGACUCUAAACUAGCUGAAGAGUAUUGUCAAAGGACAUAUGGUGAAGAACGGGAAGGAAGUAAAGAGGUAUACUUGUCACUCCUGAGUAUGUACCUGGACCCCCCACACAUUGAAGGGAUCACUCAAGUCACAUCAAACAUACCUGCGGCCCUAGCCAUACUCAAGGAACACCAUCAAAAAAUCAGCACUGCAAAGGCACUUGAACUCCUCCCAGCCACGAUCCAAGUUCGAGAAGUGUAUGAGUUCUUGUUAAAUGUACUGGAUGAAAAGGAGACCAAGCGAAAGCAGAGUCAAGUUCUAAAGAGCCUUUUAUUUGCAGAACACUUACAGAUACAAGAACAGCGGAUGUUUUAUCAAGCCCACAAGAUUGUGAUUACAGAUGAGAGAGUCUGCCGAGAAUGCCAUAAGCGUAUAGGGACAAGUGCAUUUGCUUUUUACCCAAGUGGAGAAAUCAAACAUUAUUACUGCUACAAAGAUCAGUCAUCAUCUGAGCGAAGCACACCGCGACACAGCCCAACACCAGAAGAUAACAGAAGAUAACAACUUGUUCUGAUAUCCUGAAAAGGAUUAGAAUAGUUAUAAUGAUCUAAGUUAUGGGAAAAGAGCCCCUCACUUCGGCCCAACACCAGAUGAUAGCAUAAAACAACUUGUUCUGAUAUCCUGAAAAGGAUUAGAAUAGUUGUAAUGAUCUAAGUUAUGGGAAAAGAGCCCCUCACUUCGGCCCAACACCAGAUGAUAGCAUAAAAUAACUUGUUCUGAUAUCCUGAAAAGGAUUAGAAUAGUUAUAGGGAUCUAAGUUAUGGGAAAAGAGCCCCUCACUUCGGCCCAACACCAGAUGAUAGCAUAAAAUAACUUGUUCAGAUAUCCUUACAUAGAAGUCAUUGGAAAAGGACCCCCAAUGAUAAUUUUAAAAAAUGAUGUACGUAUGCUGUACGUGGGACCAGUAAACCCAUGAACACCUAAAAUAUGUGGAAUGUUAAUUAUCUUCUGACAAAUCAGGAAUCGGAUGCAAGAAUUCAGACCCUACGACUUUUGAGACGUUUCCAGUUGACUGAUUGAAUAUAUCGCAAGUGGUUGGUCGUAACAAACAUUCCAAUCAUAUUACCAGUGUUCCUGGUUUUACUGGUUGAGCAUUAAAUAUUGAAUUUAUAUUGCUGUAAGUAAAAAUGAUAUUAUGCUUAUUCAUAUGCAAUUUUUGACACUUUAUUUCAUCAUACACAUAGACCAAGCAUACUUUGUGGUCGCAGAAGAAUCAAUUGAUCCCAGCACAUGAUACAUUAUGCCUUACAUUCUUUACUGGGGCAGUGGGGCAGUCCCCAAAAUAGGAGGAUGUCUCCUAAUCGGUUAAAUAUAGCAUCUUUGUACCCUUCAGUAUUGGAAUUCACAUGCAAAAAAAUACUCAUAAUGUGGGGGGUCGGGGGAGGUUGCUGACCUAUUUCUAGUGCCUCUGCCCCUCCUUGUCUGCCAACCCUGCCAUAAGGGUGAGAAUCAGCCAUCAAUAAGUCAAUCAGCCGUCAAUGAGUCAACAUAUCAGCACAAUUUCUCUAAGUGCUAAAUUCAAAUCUUAAAUUCUAAACCAAAUAAAAUACCAUUACUAUA